GUCUGGCAACCUCUUCCUUGGGAGACUAGGUGCACUUCUGGCGCCUCGGGUGUCAGAGCUAGCAGCCCACCGAAACCCCCUCAAGUAACAAUUGAAGGAAGACGGGGGUGGGUGUGACCAAUUUACCCAACGGCUUGGAUUUUCAAUGUCUCCAAUUUCCUACGACUGAAAGCCUCACACCAACUGAACUUCUGCCUUGCAAUCCAGUCUCCAGUUUCCUCCUCUGGUCAGGUCUCAAGCUGUUCCUACUCACCCCAUCGUCUAGCUGCGUCGCCAUCGUCCAGCCACAGCCCUGUGUGGCUGGGCGAGAUUCUCCUCAGAUUUCUCGUUUCUUGUUGCUUGUAACGAGCUUCCCUGUCGAUAGAGCUGUCAAGAGUACCUUGGAGGUGGUCUUCACGAGCCGUAUCAUGGCGUCGUCGGAAAGGACCUCAUUUAAGAAGCAGCACCCCGUUGAGAAGAGGAGGAUGGAAGCUGACAGGAUUCGGCAGAAGUAUCCCGAUAGGAUCCCUGUCAUUGUUGAGAAGGCUCGCAGGAGCAAAGUGCCCGACAUGGACAAGAAAAAGUAUUUGGUUCCUGCGGACAUUUCUAUCAGCCAGUUUACGGCAGUCAUUCGCAACAGGAUAAAGCUCAGCCCGGAGCAAGCAAUAUUUCUGUUCAUUGGCAACACUAUGCCUCCCUCAUCUGCACUUAUGUCGGCCACCUAUGAAGAACACAAAGACGGUGAUGGCUUUCUUUACGUGACAUACGCUGGAGAAAAUACCUUCGGAUAAAAUUCGGACAGUUUGUACAGAUUUGUGUACAUAUUGUUAUUUAAAGUCGUCAAUUUUGUUUUCAAGUAAAUAGCACGUCAUAUUGAAUCAAGAUACAAUUUGAAG